CUCCAAAUGAAAAGUAAGAAGACUACGGAUACAGCCUAGUGGUCAAAUAUUUGUCUAGCUUGUGUGAGGUCCUGGAUUCUGCCUCUAGCUGUUCAAAUAAAAAGACUCCAGUAGCAUCAAAUACUUAGUCAUGUUGUUUUAAAUGAACACUUGAAAUAUUUUUCGUCACCUUUAAAAUGGUUGUUGUCAUUUUGUAUUAUUUCCUUGAGUUUUUUUCUUCUUCCAUAUGGAAUGUUUUGUUUGAGAAAAAUUUGAAAGAUAGAAGACUACUGAGCUAAAAAGACCUGUGUUUGAGUCCUGUUUCUGCCAUUCACUAAUUUAUUUGCCAAGCUUUUGUUUCUUCAACUGUGAAAUACUGUUAAUUAUACUUAUACUCUUAGGUUUGAAAUAUACUGUCAGCAUAAAGGAUUAUCAUGUGUUAUCUGCUACACAGAACCUUUUAGUGAUUUGAACUCUAAUAAAUACUUAUUCUUAUUAUUGUGUGUUUUUUUAAUAUUCAAAAACUUAUUAGAUGCACAUUAAACAUAAUGGUUAUUAAAUACACUUUUAGGAAGGAUGGAGAAUUAAUGUUUCUCCUGCUGUUUUUUUGAGUCCAUAUUAACUUAUUCCAAGGUUGCAGAUCUUAACUCUAUAAAAUAAUUUUUUCUUUUACAUUGUUCAUAUAUUUAUAGCAAUUGUAUAUCCAUUUUCCAUUCUCUUUUAGUGGGGUUAUAUUAGUCAACUAUUCCUGGAUAUAACUUGCUAUCUGUAGAUGUUACUUCUCAUAUUCUUGAGCUCUUUACUCUCCUGGUGAUCUUCUAGAGUGUGCCUUUGAGCAGUUUAUUUUUAAAAGAUGCUUCUAAGAUGGUGACAUUUUAUAAGAUGUUGCAGAUGUAAGAAUAAUUUUAUACAACCUUUGAGCUUGAACAACUAGGGCAAGGUAUGAAAGCCUUCGAUCUUAACUGUUUCCUUUUAACUCUCUAUAGGUCAUUACUUCAUCUUCUGGCAUUUUAUUUUGAGGAAAAUUCUGAGGUCAAUUUGAUUUUAGUACCUUUGAAAUAACCUAUUUUUCUGCUUGUAUGCUUAUAGGAUUAUAUCUUUAUCCUUGAAAUUUAAAAACAUUUGCCAGGACAUGUCUUGGUGUUGAUGAUCUCUGUUGAACCUUCUCAGUCUGCAGUCUCAGGAUAAAUGAGGAGCUGAUUCUUAAUCCUGUCACAUUGGAAUUUAGGUUUCCAAUUUGGAGUUCUUUUUGGAAAAAAAUUAUGAAUGGACAGCAAAUUAUGGAUGAACCUAUGGGAGAGGAGGAGAUUAAUCCACAAACUGAAGAAGGCAGUAUCAAAGAAAUUGCAAUCACACAUCAUGUGAAGGAAGGACAUGAAAAGGCAGAUCCUUCCCAGUUUGAGCUUUUAAAAGUAUUAGGGCAGGGAUCAUUUGGAAAGGUUUUCUUAGUUAAAAAAAUUUCAGGCUCUGAUGCUAGACAGCUUUAUGCCAUGAAGGUAUUAAAGAAGGCCACACUGAAAGUUCGAGACCGUGUUCGGACAAAAAUGGAACGUGAUAUCUUGGUAGAAGUCAAUCAUCCUUUCAUUGUCAAAUUGCAUUACGCUUUUCAAACUGAAGGGAAGCUGUAUCUUAUUUUGGAUUUUCUCAGGGGAGGAGAUUUGUUUACACGCUUAUCCAAAGAGGUGAUGUUCACAGAGGAAGAUGUCAAAUUCUACUUGGCUGAACUUGCACUUGCUUUAGACCAUCUGCAUAGCCUGGGAAUAAUCUAUAGAGACUUAAAACCAGAAAACAUACUUCUUGAUGAAGAAGGUCACAUCAAGUUAACUGAUUUUGGCUUAAGUAAGGAAUCUAUUGACCACGAGAAGAAGGCUUAUUCUUUUUGUGGCACUGUGGAAUACAUGGCUCCAGAAGUAGUUAAUCGUAGAGGUCAUACUCAGAGUGCUGACUGGUGGUCUUUUGGUGUAUUGAUGUUUGAAAUGCUCACUGGUACACUACCUUUCCAAGGAAAGGAUCGUAAAGAAACAAUGACUAUGAUUCUUAAAGCCAAACUUGGAAUGCCACAGUUUCUGAGUCCUGAAGCCCAGAGUCUUUUACGAAUGCUUUUCAAACGGAAUCCUGCAAACAGAUUAGGUGCUGGACCAGAUGGAGUUGAAGAAAUUAAAAGACAUUCGUUUUUCUCAACAAUAGACUGGAAUAAUGUUCAAAAUGUCAACAGUUUUCCUCUUAAAUACCAUCCAAAGACUCUUCUUAGUAAUUCCUCAUUCUUUUUAGAUUCACCUGGCAUUCCACCUAGUGCUAACGCACAUCAGCUUUUUCGGGGGUUUAGUUUUGUUGCUAUUACCUCAGAUGAUGAAAGCCAAGCUAUGCAGACAGUUGGUGUGCAUUCAAUUGUUCAGCAAUUACACAGGAACAGUAUUCAGUUUACUGAUGGAUAUGAAGUAAAAGAGGAUAUUGGUGUUGGCUCAUACUCCGUUUGUAAGAGAUGUAUACAUAAAGCCACAAACAUGGAGUUUGCCGUGAAGAUUAUUGAUAAAAGCAAGAGAGACCCAACAGAAGAGAUUGAAAUUCUUCUUCGCUACGGACAGCAUCCAAACAUCAUUACACUAAAGGAUGUGUAUGAUGAUGGAAAAUAUGUGUAUGUAGUAACAGAACUUAUGAAAGGAGGUGAAUUGCUGGAUAAAAUUCUUAGACAGAAGUUUUUCUCAGAGCGAGAGGCCAGUGCUGUCCUGUUUACUAUAACCAAAACUGUUGAGUAUCUUCAUGCACAAGGGGUGGUUCACAGAGACUUGAAACCUAGCAACAUUCUUUAUGUGGAUGAGUCUGGUAAUCCAGAAUCUAUUCGAAUUUGUGAUUUUGGCUUUGCAAAACAACUGAGAGCAGAAAAUGGUCUUCUCAUGACUCCUUGUUAUACUGCAAAUUUUGUUGCACCAGAGGUUUUAAAACGACAAGGUUAUGAUGCUGCCUGUGAUAUAUGGAGUCUUGGUGUCCUCCUUUAUACAAUGCUUACUGGUUACACUCCAUUUGCAAAUGGUCCUGAUGAUACUCCAGAGGAAAUACUGGCACGAAUAGGUAGUGGAAAAUUCUCUCUCAGUGGUGGCUACUGGAAUUCUGUUUCAGACACAGCAAAGGACCUGGUGUCAAAGAUGCUUCAUGUAGAUCCUCAUCAGAGACUGACUGCUGCUCUGGUGCUCAGACAUCCUUGGAUUGUCCACUGGGACCAACUACCACAAUACCAACUAAACAGACAGGAUGCACCGCAUCUGGUAAAGGGUGCCAUGGCAGCUACAUACUCUGCUUUAAACCGCAAUCAGUCACCAGUGUUGGAACCAGUGGGCCGCUCUACUCUUGCUCAGCGGAGAGGGAUUAAAAAAAUCACCUCAACAGCCCUGUGAUUUGACCUCAGUGAGAUGUUUGGUACCAUGAUGUAAGCUGAUAGCACAAGUUCUGGCUACAGGUAGCACAUACCUGAGAGACACCUGCAAGCACACACUGUCCCAGCUGGUACCCAUAAUGCUGCUGCUCCUGCUGCUCCUGCUUCAUCUCUUCUCGCUUUAAUUGAUUGUUAGCAAGUUAGAUUUUCCUGGAGCUCUGAAAUGAAUUUGGAAACAUGAUGAAGAUCUAUUCACUGAAUCAAUAAAAAUAAUGAACACAUGAAUACCACCUAAAAUACACUGAAUAAAAGUACUCUACACCAUAUAGCAUUAUUUUUCUAGGAAAUAUUUCAUGUCCCCUAAAUAUUCUUUGUUAGUUAUAGGGAUGGACAGUUUAUGUUAAGCACUUAGCUUAAACAAAUUCAUUUAUAUUAGCACUGUAUCCCUUGUGCCAUCCAACAUUUUGUAUGUUUUUGUAAACAGUUCAUAUACAGUACAUUUCUGUACUGCUCUCUUUAAUGUAUACAUGCCUUGUUUAACUUGGAGUCUACUAAUCAAUUGACUAUUAAAUCUGGAUAAAUAGUUCACCUGGAUUAACAGUAUUGUUGGAAAACCUUACAGAUGGCCAGAUUGAGUGAACAGCUAUUGAAUGUAAUUCUUUCAAAUUGUACAUAUCGCCCCAUCUGUUUCACAGGUUGGUCCAUUUGUUCUUCAAGUCAGGUGCUCUGUCAGACUAACCAGAGAGCUGUUAACGGGAGAGGAAGUUAGUAUAUAUGUAGGGUGAAAUCAGGAAUACACAGACUUUGUGAUUUUUUUUUUUUUUUAGGGUUUCUUUCCCUUAAUUAAAAAAAGUAGUCCUUACACUUUUAACCUUACAUAGCCCUCAUACUUAGCAUUUGGCAUAUAAUUUGAAAAUUUGCCUAUAUACAUCAAAGGCCUUUAAAGCAAUCCUAGUAAAGAAAUUAGGAAAGGAAAUUUUAGCAAUUAGUAAUUAAAGCCUUACUGGAUAUUUCUUGUUUAAAUAGAUAUUCUAUAUUAAACACUAAUUUGAAUGUAAUAAAGGCCACAGGCCUCCAUAUAAAAUUGGAUUUAAACUUUUUUUUCCUAGGGAAUAAAAUAUUCUUCAUCAAACAAUAUCUGUUCUAACCUACAGUCAUAGCUGUGGAAGGCUGAAUGAUCAGCACUGACUGUUUUCUGAAUUCCUGUUGAUGAUUUAUAGCCAUAUGAUGUUUCCUUUGACUUCAGUAGUCACCAGAUUUCAUAAUGGCCCCUGGCUGCACUUCAAGAGCAAUAUUCAGUAUUCACAUCUAACUUGGUAGUUUCUGAUUUCAUUUAACAACAACUACAAUAAUAAAAUCUCUAUCCAUCAUUACCCAUAUCUUUGUCACACUACCCAGUGUACAUUAAUAUGUGAUGUGAUAAACAUAAGAAAAAGUCAUUUAACUUCCCUCAUCAGGCAUGUGCCCCAAUACAUGUAAGUCCCUUACUGCUUUUUGCAGUGGAUAAAAAACUCCUAUCAUUCCUUAUUUUCUCUGCUACUAAAAAGAAAGAGAAAAUCUCUAAUACCCCCCUUUUCCCGAGCAACACAAAAUGAUUGCAUAGAAAUCAAAUUUAUGCUUAUCUUCUAACUGAAAAGAAGAUCUCCGUACCAUCUAUUGAAGUUCUUGAGUAUAUGGAUGCUAACUAUUCAAAGUUGCUUUCCAUUACCUAGCAAGAAAGCCAUUUCCCCCCUCCUCUAGUCAAUGUGCCAGAUUCUUCCAUCUAUUGUAUCUCCCCAUUUAAUUUUUCCUCAGAACACCAUGCUGCCUUUCCUUCACAUUAUUAUCACCCAACCAGGAGUGAAAGUCAUGUGUUUCUUCCUGGCAGUCUUCUACUAUAGUAUAUGGCCAAGUUUAUUUCCUUUUAGAAGAAUUGCCUUCUUUAUCUUGUCAAACUGCCAGUUUUAUUGGAGAAAAGCAAUAGAUUCAUAAAUCUGAAGGCUUCCUACUGACAAAGCAGGUUAGGAGCAUAAAUGAUUGCAUCUGUGGCUUUAGUGUUCACAUUGUCUUUGGGCAGAUGCAGCUGACAAUGUAGUGCUUGUGCUGGGUUAGCCUUUCCAUUCCCUUCACAAAAUCCAUUUCUCACAGGCCACAGUACUUAACAGCUUCUGAAGUCUUCCGCCUUUCACUCAUCCCUGCCAGUUUCUAGUACUUAUCCCAGAGUUGUUGGUCCAGCUUUUAUGUUUCACUGAAGGAAGGAACUAAACUGGCAGGCCACUUUACAGACAUCUCUUGAUUUACAAUGCAAAAUAAUAUCCCAGACAAUAGAAAUGCAUUUUAACAUAGUCAAGCACACACUGAAAACUAUGAGUUACAAUAUUGUGUGUUUUGCAUCUUCCCUUUCAAGUGAUAUUAAAUUAAGGUAAGUUUUUUUGUUUUUUUGUUUUUUUACUUUUUAUGAAUCAUUUCAGCUCCUUCUGUUUAAAAGGGUAUCUUCUAAGUACAUUGCUCCCUUAAAUUUAACAGAUGUGAAGUAAUUUCACCACAAGUCACCCCAAAAGUCUAAAAAUAGUUUUAGCAAAACCCAAAGUCAAGAUGCUGUGAGGCUGGCAUAUGGAAGAGUCAGUUCUGAGUGUCUGAAGGGAAGAUGUUGGGUAUUUGCAGUAGUUUCCACAUUUCACAUUCAUUGAACUCCAAAGAACAGGGUGGGGACAGGGGUCAGCGAUUUUCCAACUGUUCUUUAGAUGUGGCUUUUGUUGGGAUCAGAAGACAUCAAGAGAAAAGGGGAUUGUCCUCUAAGCUGUCCACAUACUCUCAGCCUAGGUAGGAUUUGAAUAGAUGCAGAAGCCUCAAAAGAAGCCAUGUAUUUGAUAGGGAAAGGACCAGGGUAGGCUAAUCCUGGGAUGAUAGUUGCAAAAGGCUUUCUAGACUUUGGGGCCCUGGUAUAUGAUGUCCUUAAUUACUGUGGGGACCAGUAACACACAUUUCAACUUGACUUUGAUAGUCUCUAUUCCCUGGCUUUAUGAAUUACCUACACUUUCAGUUUGUUUUGCUGUAUUUUAUAAAAAUAAUUUCUAUCUUACUAUGGUGUUGAAAAUUUGAGACUUGGGAAAGUAUUCAGACAGAGAGCUCUGGAAUGCAAAGGAUCAAAAACAGCUCUCUUUUCUGUGACUCACAAAAACAGUGGAUUUCAUGGCUGAUCUUGGUGCUUAAACCAGGAAGGUCCAGUCUAACUCUAUCUGUUCCUCUGCAAGAUCCAACUCCUGUGACUAACCUGGAUGUAUACUUUGAGCCUUAUUUAAUUCACAGAGAAGUUGACUUAAUUCAGUGUUUUUAUUUCAAUUAAUGAAAACAGUCCUCUUUCAACCCCAGGUUACUUACAUUUUGCUGAUCUCCCCCAAGAGACCAUUGGUGGAGACCAAUUAAUGAAGGAGUGAAUUCAGUUUCUUGAGACUGUGGUAUUAUUCUACAGAGCCACACCUAACCACUUUUUCCAGUGAAGAAUCUACACAAUAAUACCCAAAUAUGGAUGGCCAAGAAGAAUCUGUAUCUACAGUGUGCUUUGUGUGUUUUUGACACUGCUGUAUUUUGUGUUGCCAAGUGACUUGUAACUGGUUCCAAAGUGACAGUUCUUUAAAAAUUCUAGUAAUUAAGUCAACUUAAAUUUUUGUAAAAGCUGGUGUCACUAUAGGUCUCACAAGUACCACUUUUAUUCCAGUCUUUAACUGUUCAUAAUGGGCAUAGCAAGGGUUGGAGUGAGAGCCUACUUCCUACCUCUUAAGGCACUUUUCUCAUUGUUUUGCCAUAUAACCUUGAACUGCAUGAUAAGCUGUUGAAAUAUCCAUGACUUUUCCCAGAGCAACUAGCAAAGUAUAUGACAUUUUGGCUAGAGAUUAGUGGGAAAGAAAAUUUAGAGGUUUAAGUCCAGAUGUAUGAACCUCAAAAAAUGUCUUCUAAACACAUACCAUUUAAGUACAAUAUAUGGAAAUGUAUUUGAGCAGAGAGUCACUAUAAUAGUUCUCUCUUAAGUAGAUUAGUUCAAUGUCCAAUGAAAGUGAACAUCUUUAUUCCUAUAUUACUAUAGUACUGGAUGAACUGUAUACUGAGUUUUUCAAACAAGUAUUUAAAGUAGAACUUUUAAGUACAGAGCAAGGGCAUGAGGAUAAAGACUUUGGGUUGUGUUUCUGUAAGUGUAGUUUACCAUAUAAAGCUUUGUUUCUUAAUUUUUAAAAAGGUUUCAAAGUAUUGCCAUUCAUUAGCAUCCUUAAUGAUUAUGAGUGAUGAGUGUGUAACUCGAAAUCAUAUACAUGUAUUAGUUUAUCUUAACUUUUGCCCUAAAUAAAAGGGAAGGUGUACACCUAAAAGAUGUAAUUAUUUUGCAUUUUUGGCCAUGGGUGGGAAUGGGGUGGGCAUCUACUUGAGCAGUUUUUAAAAAAGAAAAAAAUCAGAAAUAUUUUUCUACUAUUAUAUAUGAUCUUCCUUUAUACUAGUUUAUCUCUAAUAAGGCAUGCCAGAAGCCCAAGCAAGGUACCAUAUUGAGGGUUCUUACGUGCUGUACCUUUCAUUGGUGGGUAAAUCACAUCAGAUGCUUGGCACUGUGGCCAUAGUUAUGAAGUGCUUGUGAGGAUCAGAUUUCAUUGAAUACUAAUUUGUUUUACUUAAGAGUCUAAUCUGGGAAGUUUGCAAAUCAUACUAUUAAUGUGUAAUCUAAGCUCUUUCCAAUGUAUCCAUGAAUAAUCCUGGAACAAUAUUGCUUGUAUUCCUGUCACAGAACAGGUUUUGUAAUCUUUAAAAGAAAUGGAAAUUUAUAUAAUAAAGUUUCGAGUAAAGCA